AUGGGGGACCGGCUCACCCAGCUGCAAGACGCUGUCGACCAGCUCGCGCAGCAGUUCGUUGCCAGUAUUCACUACAUCAACCGACACCACAGCCUCGAGACCCUGAGGCCGGGCGAUCAGGUCCGUGAAUCGAAUAAGGAACCGGAGCAGAACGAAGUUGACCCCCAUCCGGCCGAUGUCUUCAAAGCCGCCCAAGUCGAGCUCGCCCAGGAUCUGAUCACGAAAGAGCAGCAGAUAGAGUAUCUAAUAUCUAUUCUGCCGGGCCUAGACAACAGCGAGCAGGACCAAGAGCGCAACAUCAAGGAGCUGGAAGAGGAGCUGAAGGUCGCCGAGGCCCAGAGGCAAGAGGCCGUCAAGGAGAGGAAGGAGAUCAUGGGCCGGUUGGACACAGUCAUUAGGAGCAUACGGCGUCCAUGA